UCAUCCUUCCUCUUUUCAUCUCAAAACAAAACUAUUUGUCAUUUAAUAUUACAAAUAAUAACGUAUACUGAGUGUCUGAAACUUUUUGAUACAUAUCUAAAAUGUGAAGAUAGAUGGACGCCGCGCGCGCAUCCCUUGUCUGUGUUCCGUCUGAAAGAAACGAGAGCGAUUUUAUCGAAGAUUGCGCGUGAUGUGACAGCGAAUGUUAGUGAGUGAAUGUGAGCAAAUGCAACAACGAUGCCGAGGUAGUUAUCGGUGAUUGCUGCCGUUUUUUCUCGGUCCUCUUCCUACUCCCUUCUCGUUUGGCCCCUCCAAAAAAAGAGAGCGCGUUACGAAAUUUAUACACGGCACUGCACGGCACGGCCGUGUGUUGCAAUAUUUCGUGCGGCCGCCUGCCGCCCUCCGCCCUCCGUCAAGGUGAAUGCCUGCAGAAAGUCCGCGGUGCCACGGCGAGUUCUUUCUCUCGCCUCCUCCGAUGCGUUGUUUCCGUUGACGAAGAGGCCUCGCGAGCGCGCUCGUCGUGGACCUUUACUUCCUGGUGCUGUUGAUACCGGAGACCGCAAAGAUGGAAGACUACAAGUUUCUCUUCAAGGUCGUACUCGUAGGAAACGCCGGCGUGGGCAAGACCUGUCUGGUGCGACGUUUCACUCAGGGUUUAUUUCCACCUGGACAAGGUGCAACUAUUGGAGUUGAUUUUAUGAUUAAAACUGUUGAAGUAGAAAAUGAAAAAGUCAAGUUGCAAAUUUGGGAUACUGCUGGUCAGGAAAGAUUUCGUUCUAUCACACAAAGUUAUUAUAGAUCAGCACAUGCAUUGAUAUUAGUUUAUGAUAUUUCUUGUCAACCUACAUUUGACUGUUUGCCAGAUUGGUUAAGAGAAAUUGAGGAGUAUGCAAGUAAUAAAGUUCUUAGAAUAUUAGUAGGAAAUAAAAUUGAUCGAGAAGAUAGAGAAAUACCGACGCAUGUAGGAGAAGAUUUUGCACAGAGACAUGGAAUGUACUUUCUAGAAACAUCUGCCAAAGAAGCAGAAAACGUAGAGAGAUUAUUUAUGGAGAUAGCAGCAGAACUUAUGGAGCAAGCACGCAGUAAAGAAUUACCUCGAUAUGAAACGAAUACAACUUCAAUAAAUGGUAAAACAACAUCAAUCGGUGAUAGUAGUAAUUGUGGUUGUAGCAGACUUUCUUAAGUGAAUUUUCUAUAUAAUAUUAAAUAUUUUCAGUAUAAGGUAUAUAUCUUUAAUUAUAUGCAGUAGAAAGCAUCAUAUCGUGCGGUUCUAGGGGAAGUGUUUUUCGGACAUUUCUCCUUUGGCUGCUUCUACUAUCGCGCGCCGUUUUUCUUCGAUCUCCGUCAGCAGCCCGAGAUCGAAGGAGAACAGCGUGCAGUAAUAGGAGCA